GAGAUAAAGAGAGAGAGAGAGUUACAUUACUUCAGCACCACCCUGUGCAAAAUGCCGCUCACAUACACACUCUUUAGAUUCAUUCGUGGAUUAUGGGUCAGAGACGGAUGAGCGCGCGAGAAUCAUCGCUCAAGCGCUUCGUUUGCACGAAGUCGCCCCGAAUGGCGACCCACAGCGCACCCUUGUGACUAUCACACGCAGUAGUGUGACAAGAUGAGUGACGCCAGGAGGAGAACCGAAUGGAACGAUGCCGCUAAUGAGACUUUUAUCGAUAUCUGGACGGAUUUCAAGCCUAUAUUUCGACGAAAAAGAGUUCACAAGCAGAUCUAUGACAAAUUCCGCGCAACAUUGGCACGCCACGGAGUGCGAAAGACUGUGUCUGAGAUCAAAUCGAAGAUGAAGAACCUCCGGAAGAGAUACAGGCAGGAAAAUGAAUGGUACAGUCACAAUUCUAAGUGGAAUUUGUACGCAAGGAUGCAUCAAUUUGAGAAUUUCACACCAAAGUAUCCUCUCAAGAAGAGUCCAAGCUUGACUUCAUCAAUCAAAGACGAAGAGAUCAGCAUGUCUGAAGGCGCAGAAGAUUCUUGCUCAUCUGAACACACUGUUCAAUCAAUUACAUCAGUUCCUGUCGCUCCAGCACUUCCGCCAGAUCCUCCCCAGAGAGACACGAACAGACAAUUCACGUCUAUCGAUGAGGAAUUACUGGCGGAAUUCAGGAAAUCCAAUCAAUUGACUCAUGAGUUCAAUGAGAGCGUUUCGGCUCUCAUGAGGGAAUCCCUUGAGCUUUCCCGGGAGCACAACAGUCUUCUGCAGACAUAUCUGGACAAACUUCCCCAAUAAAGAGACAUUAUAG